GAGAUUGUUUACUUUUUUUUUUAAAUGGUCACUUCAUUUGUACAAUUCCAGAGUGAAAGAACAGGCUCACAUAUUUGCGGUGGGCGGAUAGAAAGUGACCAAAUAUACUAACUUUAUGCCAACCAACUUCAAGAGAUGUAGGUAGGCUACUACAGGCCACAGCCCCACUUUGGGGGGGAACAUUAGACCAGCAUCAGAGAGACAUUCUGGGACGGAUCGAGCUCCACAGUAGAUAGUCUGCAUGGACUAGAGAGGGUAUGGCUGCGCGAGCGAGACUAUUUCAUCUAGCCACAAUUGUAUUCCUGUUUUCGAACUACUACUCCGCCUCCCAGGCACCAGGCACCAAUAAAGGAAACUCGGACAAAUGCAACAAUAAGGGGCUCCAGGUCCAGUCAAGUUCUGACGGGAAUGGUCGGAAGCGAGGGGUCACAUUCCGAACAGACAACUGCUCUGUGAACUGGAGUCCAUUGGGGAAGCAUGCCAUCCAUGGGGUGAACAAUAUGACAUUCAGCCACCUCUCCUGUGACAGCCAGGCUGCUGUGGUGGUCCACUGGAUGACCAGCCCUCUAGGUAUUGAGCAUGUGAAGGGCUUCAGAGUAUACCUAGAGGAUAAGAACCCAGAGGGCAAACGGUGUCAACACAUGAUCCUCAAAGACCCACGACCCCUCAACUUCUCCUACAAGACUGUGAAGAUGAGCUCACAGCCCUUCCCUGGCCUGGCCUAUGAGACCGAUUACAUGGUCCGUGUUGUUCCCUUCCCCACCGUCAUGAACGACAGCUUCUUCCCCCCAUCCUUCCUGCGCACAAACUCCUGUGAAGUUUUACUGGGUCCAGACAACCUGGUCUGCAAACCAUUCUGGAAGCCCAAGACUCUCAACAUCUCCCAGCUGGGCUCCAACCUCCAUGUUGUCUUCGACCACGCCCCCUCCACCUUCGGCUUCACCAUCUACUACCUGUACUACAAACUACGACAGGAGGGACCAUUCAGGCUUAAACGCUGCAAACCGGAGUUUAAUCUGCCCAUAACGACAUGCGUUCUUCAAGAUGUGAUACCAGGAACCUAUGCGAUUGAGCUGAGAGAUGACACCAACACUACCAGAAGACAGGCCCAGUACCACGUAAGCCAAGUCCACUCCCCGUGGGCAGGGCCUAUCAGAGCCAUGGCCAUCACUGUCCCUCUAGUCAUCAUGUCUGCCUUCGCUACACUCUUCACUGUAAUGUGCCGGAAGAAACAACAAGAGAAUAUCUACUCCCAUCUGGAUGAGGAGAGUGCUGAGUCAUCGUCUCACACCACAGCUCUGAAUGCAGACAGACCCUGGCCCCGGACUAAGGUGUUUGUCUGCUACUCCACUAAGGACUGCCCCAAACACCUCACAGUCGUACAGAGCUUCGCCUUCUUCCUCCAGGACUUCUGUGGCUGUGAGGUGACUCUGGACCUGUGGGAGCACCUGCAGAUCUGUAAGGAGGGCCAGAUGUCCUGGCUGAGUCGGCAGAUAGAUGAGGCUCACUACAUCAUCACUGUCUGCUCCAAAGGCCUCAAGCACUAUAUAGAGAAGAGCCACAGGGGGAAAUCACCAGCCAGAGGUGGAGCAGCUGCAGCAAAUGGAGCAGAGCUCUUCAUCGUUGCAGUGGCCAUGAUUGCGGAGAAGCUCUGUGAGGCGCGCCAGAAAGACCAGGACCUGUCUCGCUUCAUGGCCGUCUACUUCGACUACUCCCACGAGGGCGACGUCCCGACCAUGCUGAGCCUGGCUCCCAAGUUCAAGCUCAUGGAUCAGCUCCCUCAGAUGUUCGGCCGCCUCCACUCCCGCCAGCUCAGUUUACCGGAACGCGAGCCGCAGCCGCUCAACAUCAGCAAGAGGAACUACUUCCGGAGCAAGUCAGGGCGGUCUCUGUACGUGGCCAUCUGCAACAUGCACCAGCACAUCUCAUUGGAGCCUGAUUGGUUCGAGAGGCAGGUGAAACCCGCUCCUCUGGCACUGCGUGACGGAGCGUCAUUGUCAUCAUCGUCGCCUCGCAUGGAGAAGUUUGACUCUGGGCUGGUGCUCAAUGAGGUUUUAUUUAAGUUGCCAUCAGAAAGCGAAGGUACUCUGAUGAGGAAUGUGCUGCUCACGUCUCUCCCUCCCAGCCUCAGCCUGGCCCACUGUUCCCUGGACAGACCCGGGGGGCCUGGGAACAGCCUCUCCAGCUCCAGCUUUUCUCAGGGGGAAUCUGGGUUCACGUCGGGUUUGGGUCCUCUGGCUCUGAGGUCUCUGAGGCCUGUCGUACCUCCCCAGGCUGGAGAUGAGUCAGCCAGUCCCCCAGAAAUGCCCCGGGACUCUGGGAUCUAUGAUUUGUCAGUGCCCUCUUCUGAGCUGUCCAUCCCCCUCAUGGAGGGCCUGUCACCUGACCAGGCUGACUCCUCCUCCCUGGCCGACAGCGAAUCAUCUUCUUCCGGACUGGGUGAUGAGGAGCCCCCUACUGUCAGCUCUCUGCACUACGCCGUGCCCACCAUCUGUAAAGCUGAGCUUCACCACCACCAUCUAGAGCAGUCUGAAGGACUGGGACUCUUUCCUGUUCCUCCCUUGUAGUGAACAUAACAACAUUACAUUACCUGGACAUGCAUGGCCUGUUCAUAAGGAAUCAUUGGAUCAAGCCCAGUGACCAAGCCCAUGGAUUCUAGUGAUGUCAUCUGCUUCAGAAUCUCUGUGGGCUGAUAAAACAUGGAGGAAUGAUGUCACGUUUUAGAACGCCGAGGGUGAUGUCACUGUUUUGUGAACCUUCUAAGUAGCGGUUGUGUGACUGUGAAGGCAAUGCAUUAUUUAACAAUGGUUGUAUGUUGUUUUGCAGUGCUGUCCUGUAAUUGUUAGUGGUGUAAAGAUGUUGAAUUCAGACUACACCAGAUCUGCUUUUUAAAACACCCCACCCCAUACCAGGUUACCAAUUCAUCAAAUGGCCAACAUCAAUGUUUAUUAACCUUGGUCCUCUGGUGCUUCAAAGAGGUGACACAUUUUUUGUUCCAGCGCAGAAACACCUGCUUCAACUCCUCUACUGAUAAUCAAAUCCAUGAUUACUCGAAUCUGGUGUGUUAGUGCUGGGCUUGAACACAAAUGUGUGACUUCAACGAUGUAGUUUGUUAAAUACAGGGACAAUUAUGUUUUGAAUGAAAGAGCAUUUGUUUGUUACUUUAUUUUAAUUUAUUGUCAAUGAUGAAAUAUGAAAUAACUUUUUAAAGUAUUGUACACCAACACAAGGAUACAAGGUGCUGGAACUGAGUGUCAAAGCACUUUUACUUGUUUAAAAAAAAAAAUGGUUUACUGAUAGAAAAGGUUUUGACAACUGUUGUGUAAGAGAGCAGAUAGGUUGGGAGUAUUCACAUUUUUAUCAUAUUUUUCAAACCAGCAGUUAUGCAAAUGUUAUCUCACAGUAAUGGACAGGGGUUUGAUUUUAGGGGCAUUCUCAUUUUAUAAACUAAAUGCCUUUAUUUGGAACUUGGGAAAUACAUUUACAUUUACAUUUAAGUCAUUUAGCAGACGCUCUUAUCCAGAGCGACUUACAAUAUACUGUUAUUCAACUCUUACAGAGCAAAAAGUAACCCUGUCUUUGUGGGUCUACUUCAGUGUAUGUUCUAACAAUGUUUUAAUGUUUUCCAGUGCCAGUCAUUUUGACAACACUUUGUUUUUGGAAAUAAUCAGUUUUAUUCCAGUUUUGUAUAGUUUUUAGAUCCUUUUUUUCUCUACGUUUUAUAUAUACACUUUGUACUGUUUUAUAGUACUCUAAUGUAGGAAAUAAGCAAAAAAUGAAAUUGUAAUUUGUUCAUUAUUGAAGCCUCGGACAACCAAGUCAAGGAGACGAGAUUUAGGAUGGUUCGGUGAGACACAACCCAUUUUCCUGCUCAAAGUGUGUAACUAAACAUGUCAUUGCAAGAACACAAUCUGAAAUAUCAUUUACACCCUUUAGAUGGCAACAUAGAUGUAUAUUUGAUAUCUGCCCAUUUUGAAGUGGCAACUGAUUUCACCAGUAGCACCGUGCCAAGUGCGCCGUAAGUCCAAGGUCAAGAUACAAACUGGUAGUUAAAAUAUAAUGUAACCUAUUGCAUGUUUUAGUAACUGUCAAAUGUGGUGUAAUAAUUGGUUGAGAUAGAAAUAUUUUUUUAACCCCCACAUUUUUUUCCCACCCAACCCCUACAUUUAAGUCACAUUAGUGCCUAUUAUAAACUUUUUGGCGUUAUGGCAGUCCGUCAGCACUGCUCAAAUUCAGUAGCAAUAUGGGAAGUUUAUUAUCCAUUAAUCUACAUUUAAAAAAAUAUUAUGUAGAUUACCAUCCCAUGGUGAAUAGACUACUAUUCAAAAGAAAUUACUGUAGAGAGAGGAUUAGAAAUCACACCAAUGACUACAUUUCCUAUAGGCCUACUUGGUGCUGAGUAAUGUAGUGUGUUACACUCUACACAACUCGAUUCUGAUAUGGGGAUCCGGAACAUAAUUACAGAUCAUUUGACUGCAAACCCUGCUUACAUUUGUAUACGAUCACGUCUCUAUGUGUGGGAAUACUUGAACAGAUUUCCAAAAUUAAAAUCUCUUGAAGCAGAUGUCCAACAGUGAAAAAUCUAUAAAACAAGCAUGUUUUUAUUUAUUAUGUUUUGCUCAGAAAACUUGGGGGUCCAAAUAAAAUCACUGGCCACCAGUUGGGGAACCCUGCUGUACUGUAUCUCACUGUAAAAGACCCAUUGGUCGCUCUCUCACUCACACGGUAAAAGUAGUUUAAUAUUGGAUAUGUUUUCUCUCGUCAACAGCAAUUGAAACAAGCAUGCCAAUGACUAUGAAAAUGUUACAUUCUGAAUCGGGGUUGCAUGGAGAACAAAACACAACUUAAAAACAUAUUUUAAAAAUGAUUUUGGGUUUCAAUCUUCAAUAGCUCUUAAAGAGUGCCAUGCCUAUGGAAAAUUAUAUUUUCUGAAUUGGGAA